GAUUCGCCAAGGAGGCAAGUCUACAGUCAUACCGGCAAUGGCCGGUAUAUUUUACAUCUUGGGACUCAUAUUUUCCGGACCGAAAUAGGUAAAGAAGAUAUUAUAGAUUGAUUGUCCUCCUCCUUUUAUCAAGGAAAGCGCGCCGCCACUCAUUUGCCACUCAGUCCGCGCCUCCCUUAAUCGUAUUCUUCGUUCCUUUCUUUCUUACCAGGGUUGACUCCGUUUCUCAGUUGAUGUGGGGCUUGAUAAUGGAUGGGUUCGGAUUCUCGUUUCACUGAGUUCCCUGGUUCUAAUAAAUUUGAGGAUGAGAUGGUGUUUCCGGAUUCAAAUCAGUAUCACAAUGUUACUAAUGGAUUCAAGUUCGAAGAUUUAGACUUCGACUGUGUAGAAAAUCCACUUGUUUUGCCUGACCCAGAUCCGGGUAACUCUGCUUUGUCGUCGAUUACAGCCAUCGAUGAAGAUUCUCCUUCUGAUGAUAAUGACUCGGAGAAUCUCCUCAAGUACAUAAACCAGAUGCUUAUGGAAGAGGACAUGGAAGAGAAGCCCUGUAUGUUUCAUGACCCGUUGGCACUUCAAGCUGCUGAGAGAUCGCUUUAUGAUAUUCUUGGUGAGAAGAACCGGCCAUCCUUACCCCAUGAAUCUCCUUCGUAUGGUGACCAGUUUUUGGUUGAUAGCCCGGAUGAUGGUUUUUCGAGUAGCCGCAGUGAUUAUAGCAGCAAUAAAAGUUCCUUUUCUAAUUCAGUCAGCUCGGUAGAUCCUCAAGGGAAUGGUGAAUUUGGGGAAUUCAAACCGUUGUUUAUGCAAACGCCUCUUCCUAAUAAUUUUGUUUUUCGUUCUGCUGCAAAUUUCAGUUCAGAAUCAUCAUUCAAAUUACACAAUGGGUUAGCAAGUAAUGGUGAUAGUGCCACGAAGCCCUCUGCUGGUAACAUUGUGGCACCAAAUUUGUUCAGUGACAGUGAUUUCGCGUUACAGUUCAAGAGAGGUGUAGAGGAAGCUAGUAAGUUCCUUCCUAAGGGCAAUCCACUGAUUAUUGAUUUGGAGACCAGUGCACUGGCUCCAGAGAUGAAUAGAGAUGCCCCGAAGGUGGCAGUUAAGGCCGAGAAGGAAGACAGGGAGUUUUUCCCCGAAUGGUUGACGGGAAAGAAGAAUCAUGAGCGGGAGGAUGAGGAUUUUGAGGAAGAAAGAAGUAACAAGCAGUCUGCAGUUCAUGUAGAUGACAGCGAACUGUCAGAGAUGUUUGAUAUGUUAGGAGGAGUUGGGGAAGGAUGCCGACCUCCUGGGUGUAUACUUGAUGAUCAGGCUGAACAGUGUGAAUCAAGCAAGACAGUGCGGCAGAAUGGGCAAACAAAGGGAUCCGGUGGUAGCAAGACUCGGGCUAAGAGACAAGGAAAUAACGAGGAAGUUGUUGAUUUGAGGACUCUUCUAGUUCUAUGUGCACAAGCAGUCUCCUCAAAUGAUCGCAGAGCCGCUAAUGAACUACUGAAGCAGAUCAGGCAGCACUCUUCACCUCUCGGUGAUGGGUCUCAGAGGCUGGCUAAUUGUUUUGCUAAUGGCCUCGAAGCACGUUUGGCUGGAACGGGUACCCAGAUAUAUACGGCACUGUCUACUGAAAAAUGGUCGGCUAUGGAUAUGUUGAAAGCUUAUCAAGCUUAUGUUUCAGCUUGCCCAUUCAAGAAGAUGGCAAUCAUCUUUGCAAACCAUAACAUACUGAAAGUGGCCGAGAAGGCAUCGACACUUCAUAUAAUAGAUUUUGGUAUAUUGUAUGGUUUCCAGUGGCCUCCCCUCAUUUAUCGCCUCUCAAGGAGAUCAGGUGGGCCUCCCAUACUGCGCAUUACAGGAAUAGAGCUUCCCCAAAGUGGUUUCCGGCCAGCAGAGAGAGUUCAAGAGACAGGUCGUCGCUUGGUAAAGUACUGUGAGCGCUAUAAUGUUCCAUUUGAGUACAACCCCAUAGCUCAGAAAUGGGAUACCAUCCAAAUUGAUGACCUGAAGAUCAAUCAAGAUGAAGUCCUAGCAGUAAAUUGUCUCUUUAGAUUUAAAAAUCUGCUUGAUGAGACAGUUGUAGUUAACAGUCCCCGGAAUGCUGUUCUGAACUUAAUCAGUAAGACAAAACCAGAUAUAUUUAUCCAUGCUAUCGUCAAUGGAUCGUACAAUGCUCCUUUUUUUGUCACAAGGUUCAGGGAGACACUGUUCCAUUUCUCUGCAUUGUUUGAUAUGUUGGAUAGUAAUAUGCCCCGUGAAGAUGAGAUGAGGUUGAAGUUUGAAAAAGAGUUCUAUGGUCGGGAGGUAAUGAAUGUCAUAGCAUGUGAGGGCUCUGAGAGGGUUGAAAGACCUGAGACUUACAAGCAAUGGCAGGUUCGGAACAUGAGAGCUGGGCUGAAGCAACUUCCCCUGGACCCUCAUGUCAUAAAGAAUUUGAAGUGUAAGGUGAAGGUUAGGUACCAUGAAGAUUUUGAGGUCGAUGGAGAUGGCCACUGGAUGCUGCAGGGAUGGAAAGGACGGAUUAUCAUUGCAUCCUCUGCCUGGAUUCCUGCAUAGGAAUGAGACAGCUUGUUCUGAGAGUCACCUCCAAAAGUUGGCAGGCAAGGGUUUUUCUUGGUUAAUGCAGUCAAUGCUAGAUGAAAGGGGAGCCAAAGUUGUCCUUGGACAUUUUGUCUAUAUGCUGGAGAAUAUUGGGCUUACCGAGGCUUAUAGAACGGGAGGGAGGGCUCAUGUAGCAGAUUGUGGUUGCCAGUUAGGUUUGCAGCAUGCUACACCCUACUGUCUGGGAAGUUUCUGUACUUCUCAGUGACGUCAUAGUGUCACGUGAUUUUCUUGUAUAUUAUAAUCCUCUCUCCAGCCUCAACUGUCGAGUUUAUUAGCAGCUGGUAGCUUUAUCUUAUUGUUCUCUGGUACUUUUUAACACCAUCUAACUGUCAUUUAGCCAAAGCUUUUGCGGUUUGGUGCGA